AUAACGCUAUUUCGUUCUUUCACGCACUGGUAGAAGCUGAACCCAUUUCUCGUUCAUUCAAAGGGAAGAAGAAUAUAUAUAUUCAUGGCGGCUGCAAAGCUUCAAGCUUUAUGGAAUCACCCUGCUGGACCCAAAACCAUUCAUUUCUGGGCGCCUACCUUUAAGUGGGGCAUCAGCAUUGCCAAUAUUGCUGAUUUCUCCAAACCACCUGAGAAACUUUCCUAUCCUCAGCAAAUAGCGGUCACAGCUACUGGACUGAUCUGGUCUCGUUACAGCACUGUAAUCACUCCAAAAAAUUGGAACCUGUUUAGUGUAAACGUUGCAAUGGCUGGGACAGGCCUAUACCAACUCUCACGCAAAUUGCAGCAUGAUUAUUCCUCUGAGGCAGCUGUCACCAAAGAAUGAUGACGAAAAAUGUGAACAUCUCUAGUUAUUGUGUACUCGGAGGCAGAUGCCCAGACUCUGUAAUUUCUGUUGUUUGAUAUGUAAUUGAAUUCUUUUGGACGUUUAGUUCAUUUUCUACUUUUGCAAGGCUCGAACUGAUAAAGUAUUCUCACUUUUGUGUAUUUUCCAACCGUUUGAUUGCGGUCAAAUAAGGGAUUCAAGAUAAGCGGGCAACCUAAUACCGCUGCCC